AUGUCCGACCCGAAUCCACUCCUCCUGCUUGUGCAGCAGCUCCAGCAAGAGCUCCAAAACCAGCGCCUUGAUAUUCAAAACCAGCGUAAUGAAAUACAGCAACUACGUGCGGACCUUGAUGCUUCCCGAACAGAUGUCCACCAGCUUCGUACGCAGCUUCUUUCCGUCCAGACACCCAGAUCCCGCCUGCCAGAUCCGCCUCGCUUUAACGGUAAACCAUACACGCUUCGCACAUGGCUCCCGUCAAUUAAAGCAAAACUUCGAUCAGACCAGCUCGUAGGAGCUGAUGCUUUUGACUAUGUAUGGGAUCGACUAGAACAGUCUCAGCAAGCUUCUGUCCUGCACCUCCGCCAAUCUGCCGAAGAAAACCAGCUAUGGGAUCCUGAAGAGGCUAUUCAGCGCUUUACUUCUAUACAACAGAGGGAUGACGAAUCGCUUAUCGCCUACCUUGCUCGUUUUGAACGACUUUCAUAUGAAGCCAAUAAGACUCGAAUAAUUCUCUCUUUGAUCUUCCCUAUAAUGAAUAUAUUGAACUUGUCCAGUAGUACCGAUCGGCGUACCCGUCCUAGUCCAAAAUCAGCCCCGAAACCAGCUUUGACCCCGAAUACAGACCCAAUGGAUACUGAUCCGGUCCGAGUCAACUCAGUUAAAAUAAACCCCAAUCCUGUUCAUGUUGGCUCUGUGAGAGUAGCCCGAGCUGCUUCGCCUGUUUUAUCUGAUUCUUCUCAUGAAUCCACCACCUCUGACCGCCGCCGUUUCCGACUUGCGAAUAAUUUAUGCCUUUACUGCGGUUCUAAUGAUCAUUGGAUCGCAGACUGCGAUGCCCGCUCUACUUUGUCUGAUACUUCCGAGAAACCUCCGAAAAAGCUUACAGCCCGCGCCAGCAACCCGCCUCGCUAUUAG